AAAACACGUCGACGGAAUCUUCUGUCUGCUCGCGACAAUGAAUCGCUUAUUUUUGUCCGUCGUUCUUUAUUUGUGUCUUCACUCUUCUUUCAAAAUCAUCGCCGGUCAGACAUGCAAACCUACUUGCACGGAAAUUGGUGCUUUCUUGAUCUACGAUGGAACUUGCAAGAAUUACUACGCUUGCGAGGACGAUGGUGAGAAGCUCAAUUCGAUAAUAUUAUCGUGUGCCAGUUCUGCCAUAUUCGAUCAGAUCCUGGGUAGAUGCGUGCCUAAGAAUAGGCCUACGACUACGGACCUGCCAAUAUCGACAACACUAUCAUCGACUAUCUCUGCAUCAUCAUCGUUCACCUCUGAAUCACCAUCGAGUACCUCUGCAUCACUAUUGACCACCUCUGCAUCACCAUCGACCACCUCUGCACCAGUCUGCGAUAAAUACGGUAGAUUUCCAAUAUCGGACGUGAAAUGUAAGAAAUACUACUACUGUUAUUGGAAUGGCAACCGCUAUGAUAUAAUGAACAAUCUCACGUGUCCGAAUACACUGGUGUUCAAUCCGGGAUUGGAAAAAUGUGUACCGCCCCAGUCAUACACAUGUCCAAAGAGUGAUGAAUAAAACAAUGUCACUAAACAAGUUUACAGUCUAAAAAUGCUUUAAAUAACUGUUUAUUGAAAUAAGUAUUGUUUCGAAAAAGUGAUAUUUUCCUUGAUUAUAACGAAUACGUAUUUACUGAUUAGUAAAUAAUUGAUCAAAGGUGAUGGCAAGAAAUGGGUCAAAUAUAUAAAUAUAGUUAUAUCAAUUAAUAAUAUUUGAUACGCGAACAGAAUGAAAAAAAAAGCGAGUGCGUAAUUACCUGUAAUUAUAAACUAUAAAUGAAUUUUUCUGAGACAUGAAAGACAAAAGUUAUAAGCUGAAAAAUAAUAAGCCGAGGGACUUUUGAAUACCGCAUGCUUAAUGGUCAUGUUUAUUACUCGACAUAUUAUUUUCAACUUAAUGGAAACAAUAAAAAUGCGUAACAAUUCCUCGUUAGCACGAUCCAUUAUAGGCGCAGCCAAUGCGAUUGUGAUUGCUGAUGCGAACUAGUGUUCACGAUUAAUUAUUUGCGAACGUUAUGAACGUGAGCAAACUAUAAUUGUUCGAACAAUAAUCAGGCGCGUUUACAACUUUAAAGAUUAUUAAAUGCUACUAACGUCAACUUUUUCUCGUGACAGAUAUAUUAACUCAAUAUUGUGAAAAUAAUAAAAAUUAUAUCAAUAUACAGAACAAUAAGUUUUUAUUUUACAUUAAUAUAAUACAUUAUAACAAUUACAUUUCUUUUGUGAUCUUAAAUACAUAUUACAUUCCUCUGUAAAUUGGCAAAUUAUAUUUAUAUAAAUAAAGAGCAAUCUUUAAUAA